GCGUUCGUCUCUACCAAGAUGGCCGACCUCCUCAAUAUGGCGGCCGCAUCACGCCUCCACCUAACAAUGAGGGACCCUCCCAAGAUGGCGUCACCCGGCCAAGUUCUUCCAGGAGGUUGCUGUCGCCUGGGCGAUCAUGGAGGCCGAGUCUGAGGAGGAGACUGAGCGAGGGCCUCUCAGCCUUUUUGAGCUCAGUGGGAAGAGAGUCAGCUCCAUCAUGGGACACGUGGAGAAAGAGGUUUGGGCACUUCCGGGUCCAGUACUCCAGGGCAUCUUGCCUCUCCUUAACAUUUACUAUCUGGAGCGAAUUGAAGCGACUGCUGUGAAGAAAGGACUCUCAACCCAACCUAUAUGGUGCAAGCUGUGGUUUGAAAUCAUCAAAACAAGACCUUCUAGAUUAGAGAAUAUCAAGUGUUGGAGGCGAAAGUUCCUUGAAACUUUCUUCUCAAAUGUGUUGCGUGGGAUCUUGGAUGUGUCUUCACACCAGCGCCUGAAUGACCCUUCCUUUUUGCCCUUGCUUUAUACUUCUCGGCAUGUUACCCAGCUUACCAUCUACAACAUGCUCGAGAGUGUUUCAGAGCUCAUGGCAAAACACAAUCAGGAUGUUCUAGAAAGCUUGGCAGUGUCGCUCAGAUCCCUGACAUUUCAUCACCUUCUCUCUUCCAGUAUGUCCACCAGGCACCAGUUGAGUUUGUUCCUUCAUCGCCUAAUUCAUCAUGGAGCUGUGGAUCAUUUAUCAAUGUCCUCAUGGCCAGAUCCUAAUCCAGUUCUUUUAUCCCUUGUUCUCAAAAUAAGUGCUGGAGUUUGGCAUCCUGGAAAAAAUCCAAUGAACCAAGAAAACCUUUGUCAUCUCUGCAGAGAGAAAUCUGCCAAACAGAGACAAACGCUAGAUCAAGAGCUUACAUUGUCUCAGGAUUCAGACAAGCUGCUUCAUACCUCAGCUGACCAGUGUAGUGAGGACAUGUUGCCCCCUGUGUCUCAAGAAUCAGUUUCAGACUUUGAAAGCCAUGACAGUUUGGUGAGAACUAGCAGUGAGAAUUUUCAAGACCCACCAAAUUUCAAAUUGGACAGCAGUUCUUGCCAAAGUACAGCACAGUACAGUACAUGUUCAGAAAGUUGUAAUGAUGAGAACCUUUCCACCUUCCAACAUGGUUCUCCUUCAGGAAGAGUUAAGAAGUGGCGCAAAGCUGCAUCAGCAAAGAAGGGCUGCCAUCAGAAGUCCAGCAAAGUGACUGAAGACUCAGAAGACCUUUAUGAUUUUGUUUUUGCAGUUGCAAGAGAAGAGCAGGAAAAGAGAUGUUAUAGCAAAAGAAGGAAAACAGAGGAGAGAAAUACUCCUGCUAACUCUCCCCCCUUCUCAGCAGAAGUGGCUAGUGGUAGUGGUAUGGAUUGGGUAGGAGGAAGCCAACCUCUUGGCAUCCCCUCUCUGAGGACAGCAGGGCACUUCCGAAGCGUGUCCACACUGGAAGUGUUUUCUAUCCCUCUGACUAAGAAUAUGUGCCAGAUGCUUGGUAACCUGCUAAGUUCUUGGGUGUCCUUGGAAAAGCUUGUUCUUACCUUAAAUGGCCUAGGUUCCGGGAUUUUGAGUAUCCUCUCUGGGCUCCGGACCCUCUCCCAGAACAGUGGUUACAACCUCCGUGUGGUAUGCAUUAGUGACAUGUUCUCAUGUGUCCCCUGCAUGAACCUUGUGCAUUCCUUUUUGGCUGCUGUUCCGUUGCUUCAAACAAUCUUGAUUGGUUUUGAUCUCAAAACUACAGCAGAAUGGAGCAAGCUGGAAGAAAACCUGGGCUCAUUGUCCUUACAAGAAGCAAUUCCAGAGAGCCAACUGGAAAAUCUUGAGAUCCGAUUUCCCAGGGAACCUCUUCAAACGAGUCUCCUGGUGCCAGUAUUGAAAUCUUCCAGGUCUCUGCAGAGUCUCUCUCUAGACAGUGCUUCCAUUUCCUGUCCACAGGAGGUUGAGCUUCUCCUUUGUGCCCUCAAAGAAUAUAGUCCAAGCCUGAAGAGGCUAAGCUUUCAUGACAUCAAUCUUUCUGGUCAUUCGAAAGAAGUCCUCUUUCUGCUACAGGACCCUGUCCUUCAAGAAAUCACAUUCUCCUUUUGCCGGCUGUUUGAGAACUGUACUUCUGAAUUUCUGUCCGAAAUAAUCAACGUUGUUAAAAAGAACACAUCACUUAAGAUCCUCAAACUCCCUGGAAAUAGGCUGGGAAAUCACAGGUUGGUGGCACUGGCUGACAUUUUUUCUGAAGAUUCAUCAUCUUCCAUUUGUCAUUUGGAUGUGAGCUCCAACUGUAUAAAACCCGAUGGGCUCCUGGAGUUUGCCAGGAAGCUGGAGAGUUACUUAACACAACACAGAGAACAAAUCAAGUUUAUGAAACUGUGCCUCUAUCAGAACUGGCUGGACCAAGAUGCUGCAACUGCACAAGAGGCCAUUCAGCGUUUGAAAGCAAUGUGCAACGUAGUCAGCGACACGUGGGACUCAUCUCAGGCCUUUGCGGACUACAUCAGUGUAAUGUAAAGCACACUUAUGGGACAGUAUCUUGUAAUAAAGCUGCUUAGUGAUA